AUGGCGAACCAGGAGAUGGACUACGCCAUUAAGCCCGAGGCGGUUAGCCCCUCAAUUACCGCUGAGGAAUGGCCUCUUUUGCUCAAGAACUACGAUAAGUUGCUUGUUCGCACCGGACACUUCACUCCUAUCCCUGCUGGUGCCUCUCCCCUUAAGCGUGAUCUUAAGUCCUACAUCAGCUCCGGUGUUAUCAACCUCGACAAGCCGUCGAACCCUUCUAGUCACGAGGUCGUGGCUUGGAUGAAGCGGAUUCUCAGAUCCGAGAAGACUGGUCACAGUGGUACUCUUGACCCCAAGGUCACUGGUUGCUUGAUUGUCUGCAUUGACCGUGCUACCCGUCUGGUCAAGUCCCAGCAGGGUGCCGGCAAGGAGUAUGUCUGUGUCAUCCGUUUGCACGAGAAGAUCCCCGGUGGUGAGGCGCAGUUCCGCCGCGCUCUUGAGACCCUCACCGGUGCUCUGUUCCAGCGCCCCCCUCUCAUUUCGGCCGUCAAGCGUCAGCUCCGUGUCCGUACCAUCUACGAGAGCAAGAUGUACGAGUUCGACAACGAGCGUCACCUUGGUGUCUUCUGGGUCAGCUGUGAGGCUGGUACCUACAUCCGUACCCUUUGCGUUCACUUGGGUCUGCUGUUGGGUGUUGGUGCCCAUAUGCAGGAGCUGCGUCGUGUCCGCUCUGGAGCUAUGAACGAGGAGAGUGGCAUGGUUACCCUGCACGAUGUCAUGGAUGCCCAGUGGGUGUACGACAACCAGCGUGACGAGUCCUACCUGCGCAAGGUCAUCCGUCCCCUGGAGAGCCUGCUUACCGGCUACAAGCGUAUUGUGGUCAAGGAUAGCGCUGUCAACGCUGUCUGCUACGGUGCCAAGCUUAUGAUUCCCGGUCUUCUGCGUUUCGAGUCUGGUAUUGAGGUCGACGAGGAGGUUGUCAUCAUGACCACCAAGGGUGAGGCCAUUGCCAUUGGUAUUGCCCAGAUGUCCACCGUGGAGCUUUCAACCUGCGACCACGGUGUUGUCGCCAAGGUCAAGCGUUGCAUUAUGGAGCGCGACCUGUACCCCCGCCGCUGGGGAUUGGGCCCUAUCGCCCUCGAGAAGAAGAAGCUCAAGUCUGCUGGCAAGCUCGACAAAUACGGUCGUACCAACGAGGCUACCCCCGCUUCCUGGAAGAAGGAAUACAAGGACUACGAUGCCGUCGAGGACGUGACUGAGGAGACUUCUGCCAAGGUCGAGGAGCCUGUCAAGACUGAGGAGCCUAUCAAGGCCGAGCCCGAGGCCGAUGACGACAAGAAGAAGCGCAAGCACGACGGUGAGACCGCCGAGGAGAAGGCUGAGCGCAAGCGCAAGAAGAAGGAGAAGAAGGAAAAGAAGGAGCGUCGGAAGUCCAAGCAGGCAGAGGACAGCGAUGACAGCGACUAG